AUGGAGGCUUACCGGGAGGGGCGGGUGCACGUCCCAUCGUCCCUGCGAUCGAACACCAUCCGCCUCGACCAUGCCCUAGACGGGGAUCUCCCGCGGCUGGAUGACGUGGGCAAGCUGGAGGAGCUGGCGGCUCUUCCGUUCACCGUACCCGAUGAGCUCGUGCGAGCGGUGCUGGCCACGUGCUUUUUCUUCGAGCUGGAUGCUCCCCCAUCGCGGGCUGACGGUCAGUAUCGCCUGCACGGCUCGAUUCUGUGUGCGCGGACGCAGUCCCGACGGAUUGCAGAUCGGGUGCUGGUCGAAUUUCCCGGAGCGCGCUUCUGCAGUGGCCGGGGUCACUCACUGGGUCGAGUGGAUGACGACGAUGGGUGUCUCCUCUGCGGCUAUUACCGCAAACAGGUGACGCUUUCGGUGACAAGCCUGGACGAAGAGAUCACGAUUGCGCUCGCCAGCCCGGCCCAGCAGCGUCCCAUUGGCGGCUUUCCGAAGACCAUACGACAGUUGCUGCACGAUCAACAGGCGGAGGCCGUGUUUGGGCGACCGGACCACCAGAAUGACCGCUGGCCGCCGCGGCGGUCCUGCUACUGCGUGAAGAUGACCAAACGGCGGGUGCAUUUUGUGGAACCGGCGCCGCAGCGCAAGAAGCGACGGCUAUGA